UUUGCUGGGUUUCCAACUUUAGUAGUUGCCGGUCGAGGCGUUCCAGCGGAAGCAAGGGAUUGUCAGUCGUUGAUUAAACGGCCCGUCUGACGCUCUCUCAAGGGUCCACUGCACUUUUGACGAGACACGGUGCUCCUCCGUGUUCCGAGACUUGUACACCAAAAAUAUUCGCGCGACUUUCGACUAUCAAAAGAAAAAAGUGUCGUGUGUUUGCGUGCGCGUGGGUUGUCCUCGACGUCUUUUCAAUUUGGAAAUGUGCUGCUUCGUAUGUUCGACAUCAACACAGUUCGGUUUCUAGUUUUUUCCCAGAAAGAGCGAGCGAGAGACGAGCCUUAUUAGAAAAGAAAUAAAAACGAUUCGAACAGAAGUUCCAAACUUUCGCAAAUGCGGCAGGCAAGCAGUAACCGGGGAACGUUUAACAUUGCGACCCUGAACGACGACCAGAUUGAGGCGGCCAAGGAAUUCAUUGCGGCCGUCAACCGUGCCCGUCAGCAACGGGGCUCUGGACCGCUCUCGUGGGCGACAGCCGUCAAGUUUUUGAUGGCACGCAAGUUUGACGUCGGACGAGGGCUGACUCUCUACGAGCAACACGAAUCGACGCGGAUCCGAGAAGGACUGGUCCGCUUCGAGCCCGCCGCUGAACCGCUUCGAGCCGAGUUGGAGACGGGAAAGUUUACCGUGCUACCAACUCGAGAUGGAGGUGGUGCUGCCAUAGCUGUCUUUACCGCUCGCCUACACUAUCCUGAGCUCUCUAAUCACCAAGUCACACUCCAGGGUGUCGUUUAUCAACUGGACGUGGCACUGGAGAGUGUCGACACGCAACGCUCCGGCCUCGUGUUCAUCUACGACAUGAGCGAUUCGAAAUAUGCCAACUUUGACUACGACCUCAGUCAAAAGAUAUUGACAUUACUUAAGGGAGCUUAUCCAGCCCGACUGCGAAAAGUGUUGAUAGUGACAGCGCCACUCUGGUUCAAAGCUCCAUUCAAAAUUUUGCGGCUGUUUGUCCGCGAAAAACUGCGAGAUCGUGUCUACACCGUCAGCUUACCUCAGUUGACGCUGCAUUUACCCGCCGACUCGUUGCCGAGCGAACUGGGCGGCAACCUUAAAGUGGAUCACGGCGCUUGGCUUCGCUAUUGCUUCAAAUCGAUGACGAAUCGCGUCGGGGAUUUGUGCGACAUAUCAACUGGACCCAACCCACUGUUUCCGCCCUCUGAGACGGCCACCACUUCUGAAGCGGAUGAUCGGCCCGAAGGCAGGGAGGACGACCAAGAGGAGGAGGAGGAACCCAUUAGCGAAGUCUCGUCUGAUGAAGACGACGACGACGUCGAGGAGAUCGAAGAACCCGUCCCGCUGCAAGUCGAGUCUGUUGCGCACAGGCUGCAGGAGCCGAUACCGCUGGCGCCAGCCUCUCAGGAGUUCGUCAACAACUUUGCUUCCGUUUCGUGCAAAACUGCUUCGGUGGUGGAAGGGCUUCCACCGCCCAAGCCAACAGUGGCCAACGUUUCGGAUAAUAUGGUCAUAGAGAGGUCCGCCUCUCCACCGCCGCCGCCGUCGUCGGCCAGCAGCGGAUUCUCGGACGACGACAGUCUGCACUUUGACGACGGCAGGGGUAUGACCCUUGAAGAGUUUGCAGGUCACGUCAAAGCCAAAAGCAAACAGGGUCUUUACCUCGAGUAUGCCGACAUCAAAGCCAAAGGCACGGACGGCACUUUUAACAAUUCCAGAUUAAAAGGCAACGCUGCCAAGAAUCGUUACACGGACGUUUUGUGCUACGAUCACAGCCGGGUCGUCUUGUCGAUGGAGGAUUCCGACGACCCUUGCUCGGAUUACAUCAACGCCAACUACGUCGACGGCUACAAACAAAAGAACGCUUUCAUCUCGACACAGGGCCCGCUACCAAAGACGUACGGCGACUUUUGGCGGAUGAUUUGGGAGCAGCAGUGCGCCGUGGUCGUCAUGACGACGCGUUGCCUGGAGAGAGGAAGACCCAAGUGCGGUCAGUAUUGGCCUCUGGGAGAAGAAGAAUCAGCCGAAUACGGCCAUUUCGAAAUCAUCAACCUGACAACGGAGCAACAGAGUGAUUACACCAUUUCCAUGCUCCAUCUGACGAACCUCAAGACGCGCGAGACUCGAUCCGUGGCGCACAUGCAGUUCACUUCGUGGCCAGACUACGGAGUGCCUCUCUCUGCCACGGCCAUGCUCGAGUUCUUGCAGCGAAUGCGUGACAUGCAGAGCGGGUUGGUCGCGGCCAUGGGCGACACGUGGAUCGGUCAUCCCCUUGGCCCUCCUAUUGUCGUGCACUGCUCAGCCGGCAUUGGCCGCACAGGUUCGCUGUGCACGAUCGAUAUUUGUCUGAGGAGACUAGAGGACGUCGGUACGAUCGAUGUUUUAGGCACGGUUGAGAAAAUCCGGUCGCAGCGUGCCCACUCGAUUCAGAUGCCUGAUCAAUACCUCUUCUGUCACACUGCCAUCUUAGAGUGCGCCGUGGCGGCCGGCCUCCUCCAAGGCGACGAACUGGCCUGCCUAGAUGACGAGGAUGACAGCAGCGACGGCGGUUAGGCUCUCUUCUGGGUCUAUCUACGGAGAUAUUAAGAGAAAAAAAAAGAAACAAAACAACACACCCGACAGGGGGCUGCUGACCCCUUGAGGUGGAAUGAGAUAAAACAAGAGGACAUUGAUUUUUCCUUUCCCCCUUCGUUCGGCUCGAAGGAUCACAUCGAGGCCGAUUCGCUUGUACAUUUUUUCUACUUCUGAUAAAUUCCAAGUAAAAGAAAACAUACAAAACAAAAAAAAAAAGACUAAAACUAAACUAAACAGAAUGAAUUGUGUAUAGGCACAAGUUAAGAAAUUGACGCUAACUCUUUUUUUUUUUGUCAUUAACCAACCAUUUAUUUAUUUCUUCUGUCUGGCUAUUUCUAUUUGGAAGGAUGAAAGUUAACUCCUAACCAUUCUUUCCCAUUUAUUAUGAUUUUCCCCCCCAUCUUAUUCUCUUUACAUUCAUUGUGUGUGCAUUUCGUGGCUCAUCUUUUUUAAGUGUACAUUACGCCAAAGACUUGUAUUUUCCUUUUCUUGAUUAUCCUUCUACUCUUGUGUGCGUGCUUAACUUUGUAAAUCUUCUACUCCGUUUACUCUUUGACUGAAAAACUGUGCGCCCAAGAUUAAUUCUUACUUUUGACCUUUUUUCCUAUAUCAAUAACCGAACGAAUCGUUGAAAAAGGACUUUGGAUGACACACAAAUUCGUCUGUAUCGAAGAGUUUUGACAUUUACAACUGAUGGGAAUUUACUAUAGAUGAUUGAAAAGGGUAAAUAUGUUUUGACUAGAUUGAUUGGAUUUCAAAAGACAAGUUGAGACGACGUACGCAAAAGAUGGAACUUUGCGUUGGAAAGUAGCGAUCGAUGCGAUUUUGUUUUCAUCUUAACUGCAUGAAUUGUGAUGGUCUUAAUGGAUGCCGGUCGUUCGAUGUCUCUUUGACGAGUACCACCCAUCUCUUGAACGUAGUUAGCCGUGCUUUUUAACAAACUUGGAAUCGAUCGCAAAGUUGUCCCUCUUUCCUCUCUUCUUCAUAUCCUGUUUAUUCAAAUGAUUUUUUAGUUCAUUUACGUUUUGUGCAUUGCAUAACUCGUCAUCUUCAUCUAUGGAUGUAUAAACGAUUGCACAGUAAUAAUGUCCAUUCGACUUGGAAAAACGGAGACAAAGUAAACGCUACUUGUGUAUCAAAAUUGAGCUGAAAACAACAUCCCUUUCAUUCAUGAUACAUUUUUACAGGUUGAAGAAUUCGCUUGUUGUUGUAUACCUUGAAUUAUUUAAACAGGGUAUGUUACAAAACGAAGCAAAAAAAGAUGUCUUUCGAGGAUUAGAGGUCCCAUAAAACGUCCUUGUUAGCAACGAGUUUAUAGCAUUUUUUUUCCAUACAGGUUUUUCCAGCAGUUUUACAUAAUUUCGCGACCUUGACUUCGUCGCAUUCGUUUUCUACAUCGAAAACAAACGGAAUGCGCAAUAUAAGGUGUUCAACAGGGAAAAAGAGCUCCACUCCUACAUGAAUGAUGUCACAAUGAUCUAAUAUCGACUAUUACAGGGAUUGAACUAUUCAGCCCUAUUGUGUUGAGGGAUGUAGGAGUGAGGGUUCCCAUAGUUUUGAGACGAGAAACCAGUUUGCCAUUCUUUUUCUUCCGAGAAGCUGGCCGAGAAGGAUACUCAAGUCAUUGCUGGGUACUUUCUUUCCUGACAUUGUUCUUCAUAAGGAAAGGUUGGUGGAGAUUGUUAUUGAUGUGCAGUGCCAAGUCAACAAGAGGAGAUAAGAUGCCAAGCCUCCGUGCUGAGGCCUCUACUAUGUUGCGAGAUGAAAAUGCAGAAAACGGGUUUCAUUGGUUAAAAAUAGUUUGAGCUGUUAAUGGUGGUGAUGUCUGGUGUGGCAGUCAUUUUCCCAUUGAGAGGUGCACUGAAAUGGAUCUUCUACAUACUUUCAGUUCAACAUCAUACUUCAAUUUACCAUGUUGGUGUUCAUGCAGUGUUGAACUGUUGUGUGAAAUAAUUGGUGUUGCCUGAUGUCUGGCAUUUUGUUGGUGUGUUCUCUCGCUACCUGUACCCACAUUGAGGUUAAUCGUACGCCGCCGUUCUAGACUUGAUCCAUUGGUGAAGCCGAGAUGAGUUGCUGAAAUGCAAGACCGAAAAAUUAUUUGAGUUUGACAAUUUACAAUUGCAUAUCUGUUCUCCCUUUCCCUAAGUAAACAAUAUGUCCGACGGUGGUUAGUUGUGUGAAAAAAUUGCCAUCAGACUUCAUGAUUUGUAUGAGAAAUUAGAUAGACCAGGGAUUUUUAUGCUCUAAUUAACUCUACUCACAUCUUAACAACCCUUUAAAUGUUUCUCUUAUAAAACAAUAAAAUAUUGAAA